AUGCACAUGCUCUAUUUUUGUAGCCGUGGAACAGAGGUUUGGAGUGCAAGCAAGCUUUCUCUGCCUUGCAAUGUUCAAGAGUCAUGGAGCUUCGUGGACACAUUUAGUCGACUUCGGACAAGUUGGGAGGCCCAGUCGGGGCUGUUGGAGAGGUGGGUCACGAUGUGUUGGGGUAUUUGGAAGAGCAGAAACGAGGUCCGGCACGGCAGAAAGAGGCGACCUGGUCGUGUAAUAGUGAGAAGCUCGCUGAAAUUAUUGGAGGACUUUCAAUCAACCAAUGAGAAGUUGAGCAGACCGAGAAUAGAAAACCAGAACAGAGCUGCAUGGAAGCCACCACCACUAGGUUCCUUCAAGGUCAAUGUAGAUGGUGCUCUGUUCUCAAAAUCAAAGUAG